UUUCUCUCCUGACAUGUCUGAUCAGCACAUUCUCUCUGCCCGUCUGUUCAUUGUCAAUUCGCCUUCCCUUUGAUUCCCCGUCCUUGGUUGCAUGGGCGGCCGCUGCACCUCCACUCCUCUCCUCUCUCUCCCUCUCUCUCGCUCUCUCUCUUCUUCUUCUCUCACAUUCACUCACUUCACUCACCUCUCUCUUACUCCCCUCUCCACUCCCACAAUUAUCCUCCCCAACUCUACAUUCCUCUCUAAACAAUGACAUCCUUCAAGGAUGCCUCCAAUGCCCGACCCUUUGGCCAGUCCUCCACUCCUCACACCCGCCAGUCCUCCGGCCGUCUCCAUUCCCACUCCAUAUCCCUCGGCGUCGUCAACACAAACCACCGUGUCACCCGCAGGAAGAGCAUGACUUCCACCGCAAACGUCGCUGCCGUCGCUGCUGCCCUCGGCGGCUCCCCUGCCUCCCAGAACCCACUGCCCACCACCUCCUACCACCGUCGAGGCCUGAGUUCGCGAAAAGUCGGCCUCGAAUCCACCUCCAUGGGCUCCUCCUCGUCCGCCCUCGGCUCGUACAUCGCCCAGCAACGGAAGAACUUGCCCAAUUCCGCCGUCACCACCGCCGGCAAUAAUACCAACAACACCACCACCACCACCAACAACAACAACAACAACAACAACAACAACAACAACAACAACAACAACAUCAACAUCAACAUCAACAGUAAUAAUAAUCAAAGCGGAGAGGAAACGUCAUCCACGAGUCGACCGAUCAGCACCAAACACCGCAGCCGUCGAGCCAGCGAGGGCUCACAUCUCAUCAGAGGCGAGGGAAAACGGUCCUUGACUGAGCUGAAGUGUGAUCGGUGUGGGAAAGGGUAUAAGCAUAGCAGUUGCUUAACAAAGCAUAUGUGGGAACAUGACCCCGCGUGGGCCUAUACCUCUAAGCUGCUCAUCUCCAAACAUCAGCAGGUCCAGCUCCUCGAAGCUGCGACCGUCCUGGUGAACAUGAACCAAGAGCCCACCCCGUCGGACCAUGCCCGCUCCGGCGACUCCGACCGUUCCUCCGCCUCCCCAACCGCCUCGGGAAUAUCAGAAUUACGCGAUGAAUUGAGUUCAACAGAGACCACACCUCCACCGGCGGGUGACGAAUCCAUGACCAAACUGGGAGACCACCACCGUUUUGGUUCUUCUGCCUUCUCUCGCUCGUUCCAGUCCAUGCCGUCGAGCUCCUUCGCCGGAAGCGCUCCAUCAUACUCCCCCGCCCGAUCCCACUUCCGCCAGUCCAGCAUAGACACUCGGCCCUCAACCGCUGGUACCGGUGUUCUGGAUGACGACGAGGCCGGUCUAGCAGCCGCCAUCGAACUAUGCAACUUUGGCACCCCACGGACCGGUGCCAACGCCAUGUCCUCUGACGUCCCUCCGGUGCCUCCACUGCCAGCUCGCUACCUGAGCCAGAGCAUGAAUAACAGCUCCCACGCUGGCGGCAGCGCACACAACGCCGCGCGAAGCUUCGACGUUCGAAGCACAACCUCUAAAGACGCGUCCUCCACGCCCACCAUGUUCAAUCCCUUCCUUAUCAACCCCCCGCUCUCAUACAAGAUCUCAGACGAACGAGACGUAAAAAUGGGCGAUGUCAAACCGAUCCACGAAGAAGACCACAAUUUCGAUCGAGAUUCUGUCGUUCCCAUGGAUGAAGAUGAUGACGGGGUCUUUGGCAAGAUGGAGGAAUGAAUGGGCAAACUCAUAUACACAUAUAUAUAUAUAUGACCUACACCUCCUUUCCCAGUCAAGGCAUUUUGAUUUUUUUUUUUUUUUUUGUUUUUGUGUCCCGUUUUUGUCUUUUGCGUUUUGGUUUUCUUUCUAUCAGCUCUGACGACAUGAUCGAUGUUUCAAGAUGGGGGCACAGCGGCGAUCCAUCACGAUCGACAUCGCUUGUCAUCAAGCAACUCUGGGGAACACGGAGACCGCCAUACCCACUGGUUAUUAUCUCGCACAACGCCUUGACUGGAUAAUGAUGCUUGGCUUUUUUUUUUUUUUUUUUUAUUUUCGAAUAUUUUUGCGCCUUUUCUUUUAUUUUCUCUCCCUACGGCCACACCGUUUUUGAGUGCUAAGCUGUCGUCGCGCUUCCUGAUUCCCUAGUAAACUUUGCUUUACCAACUAUACGAUGUACAAUGAAACGAAUUUAUAC